AUGAGCGAUCAACAGCGAGAUCAACAGUCGCAGCAGCAACAGAGGCAAACUGGUUUUGUUGCACUGAAGGAACAUGUUUUGGCAAACAAACUGGAAACGACGCAAUGGGUAUCCCGCGUACUAACCAUCUACUUUGCGCUAGGAUACGUUUUACCGUUCCUAUACGGUAACUCCGUAAAUGCAUACUACAAAGUGCUGAUGGCAAAUGCGGCCACCAGCGCCAUACGGUUACACCAACGUCUACCUCCAUUUCAGCUGUCCCGUGCCUAUCUACAACAAACAAUGCUAGAGGACUCGUUCCACUAUUUAUUGUUUUCCUUAAUAUUCCUGUACGUGUACCCGAUGCUGGUGAUUAUCUUGCCGGUCGUACUGUUCUCCGUGCUGCAUUCCACGAGCUAUUCUUUGACCCUGCUUGAUACACUCGGACAAAACUCUUGGUGGGGUGCGCGUUUGCUGAUUUCGGUGGUUGAAUUCCAAACACGAAACAUUCUUAGAUUUGCGGCAUUCUGCGAAAUUAUCAUUAUGCCACUGACGGUGAUGCUUGUGUUUUUGGGCAAAGCCGGUAUCAUGACGCCUUUGGUGUACUACCAAUUCUUGGUAAUGCGUUACUCAUCCCGCCGCAAUCCGUACACCCGAAAUGUGUUCUACGAGUUACGAUUAGUGGCGGAUAACUUUGCCAAUGGCACAGGCACACCACCAGUUGUGCGUAAAGCGCUACAUGCUGCUAUCGGUUUCAUCAGUCGAUUAGCGCCGCCGACACCGGUGCCACCGCAGCAGCAGCAGCAAUAG